GGUGGGUGUAGUCUUAAUGAAUAAGGAAUUACUUAGCAAUUAAUCAUAUGAAUAAUAAAUUGAUUUGGUAUCAUCAAUCAUGAGAAGAACAACGUUAUCAAGUUGGCUAUGCCUACUGAACUUUCAAUCCUCUCAUGAAGUCCAGUUAGCAUAUUCCAAGGGUGCGUCUAAGGUUUCCGUCUAUUUGCGAUGAGAUGUGCAUUUAUAUAAAGCAUUUUUCAGUUCUCCCAUGAACUGCUGAAUGUUAAGUUAAUUUGAUACUUUGGUUGCAGUGUAUUCAUGUCCUGUAGUAGGAAGUAUUUAUCAUCUUGCGUCUUCCUUGUUUAUUAGAUUAUGGCUUCAAGUUCAAACCAAUCCCCAUUGCCUUCGUUUGAAGAUGCUAACGAAGUUCCGGCCAAUUGGUCUCUAGUACAUGAGUCACAUUUCAUAGAGUUGAUGUUAGAUAAGGUCCGAAUAUGUGGCGAAAAUAGGCAAACAGGAACCUUUUCAAAGCAUGAUUGGACUGACAUUAGGAAGCAGUUUCAUAAGAAGUUUAGGUUUAAAUAUUCUUUGAAGUCGUUCAAGAACAAAUUCACCAAGUUGAAGGAAAAGUACAAAGAUCAUAAGAAACUCGUGGAAGAUAACACCGGAUUAGGCUGGGAUCCUGUUUUGUGUACCGUAGAGGCCUCAAAUGAAUGGUGGGAUGAGCAAGUGAAGAAUUUUCCACGAACAAAGGUGUUCCGUGUAUCUGGUUGCCCCGAAUAUCGGAAGCUACAAACUAUAUUUGGUGAUACCGUGGCAACGGGAAAUCUUAGACAGACACAAGAAGGUGGUUUUUCUUCUACGGAUGGUGAAGAUGAGAUAAAUAUGACUGAAAAUGGAAGUCCCACGCAACCAUUAGAUACACAGGUCUUCCCUAAUGGUGGUGUCACGGCUGAUAGGAUGGAAGAAAAUGUUGAUUUUCGUCGUCGCUCGCAAACACCAAGUGGUAGCCACAGAAGUACCCAUGUUCCCAAUGAUAGUGGUGAUGUAGCUGGUGAGAUGGAAGAAAAUGUAGAUAACCAAUUCGUAGCCGUUCGUGUACACCGAUUUGUAGUAGACGUGGCAGGAAAGAAAACAAGGCUAAUGAGAUCGGAGAGUCGUUAAAGAUGUUAGCUUAAAAUGCUAAAGCUAAACUAGAGGAUAAAACAAAAUAUACCAUCUCUGAAUGCUUAGAAAUUUUGGAUUCAAUGGGGGCACAUGUUGGAAGGCACACAUAUGUGAAGGCGGUGAAAGUUCUUCAAAACCAAGGAUGGAGAGAGACAUUUAUCAAAAUGUCGAAAGAUCGAAGGGAUGAUUGGAUUGUUUCUAUUGAAGAUGGAACCUUUGACUAAAAUGAUGAAGCACUGUGAAUCAAAGCUAGUGGUACUAAUCUAGAUGAAAUUUUUUUGGUUACACAUAUUUACUAGCUAACCACAGGAAAAUAGACUAUGGGAUAUAGAAGGAGUUAUAACACACUAUCUGAAGUCAAGCCUUUUUGAUUUUUGUUGAUAUUUUGGUGUAAUUUUGGUUUAAUUUGUAGGAUGCAGAAG